ACAUUCUCACUUCCAUGAUCAGAGGAAAAGAUAGCAUAAUUACAAAGAGAGAAAAAGAGAGAGAGAGAUCAGAUGGGAAGGAGUCCAUGUUGCUCUAAAGAAGGACUCAACAAAGGAGCUUGGACUGUUUUAGAAGACAAAAUCCUCACAGCUUACAUCGAAGCACAUGGAGAGGGUCAAUGGAGAAACCUUCCAAAAAAAGCUGGUCUAAAGAGGUGUGGAAAGAGUUGCAGACUUAGAUGGUUGAAUUAUCUAAGGCCAGAUAUUAAGAGAGGUAAUAUCUCUCUUGAUGAAGAGGACCUCAUCAUCAGACUCCAUAAACUUCUUGGCAACAGAUGGUCUCUCAUAGCUGGGAGACUUCCCGGGCGAACAGACAAUGAAAUAAAGAACUACUGGAACACUACUUUGGGCAAGAAAGUUAAUAGUAAACAAAUAACCAAGUCAAGCUCUUCCUCAGGCGAUGAAGAUAAUGAAGCCACCAAAGCCAGCAGCCGAGUCUUGUCGGAUUCAGGCGGCGGCGGCGGUGGGACUAGCAAAGUGAUAAGAACCAGAGCCAGUAGGUGCACCAAAGUGGUCAUUCCAACCCCAACUACAACACUCUCUUUCCCACCGCCACCACCACCACCACCAUUACUACUAGAGCUUAAUGAGACUGGUCUGAAGAAUAAUAACUCAGACGACGGUGGUGGUGAUUUUGGAGUACUGCUGCCCUAUCGUCAUGACGACACCGUUUUGAAUGAUUGGUCUGCGGUUGAUGAUUAUUAUGAUCCGAUGAUCAUCAGUACUGGUGGUGAUGGUACUGUUGAUAAUAAUUGUCUCCACCAGGAAAAAGAUGACGAUGGAAUCUUUGAUUUUGAUUUGGAUUCUUUUUUGGUUGAUUCUAGUGAGUGGUUAUUAUGAUCGUGGAAAAAAAAUAAUAAGAAAAUUUUAAAAAAUAUGUAAUUAUUAUAUAAAUAUUUUUUUUUUUUUUUUUUUAUUUUCUUUUUUGAAAUAAUCUACUUUGUUGUUCAUCUCUACUAGAAUUGAUCGCUUUUUAGUUAUUGGUAUUAUAGAUUAUUAAACUUUCUAGCAAUAAUGUAAGAAAAAUCUAAUGGAAUAUUAAUAACUCCACAGCUUUGUUAA